CGUGGUACAAAAUCCAUGUGUCUCGAAGGAGGUUGUGGUGCUUGUAUCGUUGCUGCCACAAUAAAAGGAGAAACAAUGGCAGUAAAUUCAUGUCUUGUACCUAUUUUUAUAUGCAACGGAUGGGCGAUCGAGACUAUCGAAGGUAUAGGUAAUAGAAUGAAAGGAUAUCAUCCUAUACAAAAAACUCUAGCAGUAAUGAAUGGAUCACAAUGUGGGUAUUGCUCACCUGGGAUGGUUAUGAAUCUAUAUAGUCUAUUAAAGGAUAAAAAGCAAACGAUGAAGGAAAUUGAGAAUUCGUUUGGUAGUAAUAUUUGCCGAUGCACCGGUUACAGACCAAUAUUGGAAGCAUUCAAAUCAUUCGCUUCUGAUGCACCACCCAAGUUAGUGGAGGCCAUUCAAGAUAUCGAAGAAUUUUAUAAAAUAAAAAUGUGCCCAAAAAAUGGUAUGCCUUGCAAAAAUGAAGAAAAUGGUCGAACAUGUAGCCCGCUAAGUUUGACAGAUCUUUCGAUAAAAUUGGAGGAUGCUGUGUUUUGCAAAGUAUAUUCGAUCAAAAAACUUUUCUCGACGUUUCACAAAUAUUCGAAUUUUACUUAUAUACUGAAUGGUGGAAAUACGGCUCAUGGUGUAUAUCGAGUUGAAAAAAAAGAUCUUUACAUCGACAUAAACGAUAUACCUGAUUUACGUCGAAUAGAAAAAACUGAAAAUUCUUUGAUACUUGGCAGCAAUGUUUCCCUCACGGUGGCAAUGAAUACUUUCGAGAAAUAUUCAAAAGAUGAUGGCUUCCAAUAUUUACGUCAUUUGGCUCAUCAUAUUGAUUUAAUUGCACAUGUGCCAGUCCGCAACAUCGGUAGCAUAGCUGGUAAUCUCAUGAUUAAACACGAACACCAUGAAUUUCCAUCGGAUUUAUUCCUCAUAUUACAAACUGCUGGUGCAAGAAUACACAUACUCGAAAGUCCUGGAAAAAAAAUGGAAAUGAAUAUGCUAGAAUUUCUUAAAACUGAUAUGAGACAUAAAAUUAUAUACAGUAUUGUCCUUCAUUCUCUUGACAGCUCUUACGAAUUUAGGUCGUACAAGAUUAUGCCAAGAGCUCAAAACGCACAUGCCCUUGUAAACGCUGGCCUUUUAUUUAAAUUCGAUGGAAAUGGAAACAUUUUGGAGAAGCCCAAUAUAUUGUUCGGUGGAAUUAGACCAGAUUUUAUGCAUGCAACACAUACUGAAAACUUUUUAACUCACAAAUCUAUUUUCAAUAAGAACGUUGUCAAGUCUGCUCUCGAUAUAUUGGAUAAAGAAUUAAAUCCUGAUCACGUUCUGCCUGAUUAUUCUCCCGAAUUUAGAAAAACAUUGGCUGAAGGAUUAUUUUACAAGUUUAUAUUAAGCAUAAGACCGGAGAACAUUGAUUCAAAACUUCGAAGCGGUGGAACAAUUUUAGAACGCGAAUUAUCUUCAUCUAAGCAAGAUUUCGAAAUUCAAACGAAUCUUUGGCCACUGAACAAGCCUAUUGCAAAAAGGGAAUCCAUUUAUCAGACCUCGGGAGAGGGACAAUACAUCAAUGAUAUAAUGCCUUUAAAAGACGAGGUUUUCUGUGCUUUCGUCUCAACUGACGUGGCUAGUGGUAAAAUUGAAAAUAUCGAUGCUUCGAAAGCUUUGGAAAUGAAAGGAGUGGUGGCUUUUUAUACAGCAAAAGAUAUUCCUGGAAAAAAUAUAUUCAUCUCAAGUUCUAGUAAAAUGCAACUGCUCGAAGAAGAUGAAAUGUUAUUCGCGGAAGAUAAAAUUUCAUUCGCUGGCCAACCAGUUGGGAUAAUAGUCGCAACUACUCAUAUUAUUGCAAACGAAGCAGUAAAAAAAGUAAUAAUAACGUAUGCUGAUGCAUUGAAAACGAAACCAAUAAUAACCAUCGACGAUGCUUUAGCUUCUAAUGAUAAAACUAGAUUUUUACAUCGUGUUAAUAAACCGGCAAAAGAAAAAGGUAAAGACACGAAAUUUGUAGUCAAAGGUUCUUACAAUGUCGGUUCUCAGUAUCACUUCAGUAUGGAAACUCAAACUUGCGUUUGCAUUCCGAUUGAGGAUGGUAUAGACGUUUUCGCAGCAACUCAAUGGAUGGAUCUUACUCAAGUUUCAAUUGCUCUUUGCCUAGGAGUUCAAAAUAAUAGUAUCAACAUCAACGUAAGACGUUUAGGUGGUGGAUACGGAGCAAAACUCACACGGGCAGCUCAAAUAGCAUGUGCAUGUGCUCUUGCAUGUCACAAACUUAAUCGACCUGCGAGAUUUAUUAUGACGAUUGAAAGUAACAUGAUGUCGAUUGGCAAGAGAGUUCCAGCUAAACAGGAAUACGAAGUUGGUGUGGACGAUGAAGGACGCAUUCAAUAUUUAAAUUCAAUUCAAUGGAGCAACGUUGGUGCUUCUUAUAAUGAGAUGACUGGAAUACAUAUAAUGCAUUAUUUACCAAACUGCUACAAAUCUGAUAGAUGGACUUGCAAUGGUUACGAAGUUAAAACGGAUAUUCCAUCCAGCACUUGGUGUAGAGGACCAGGAUCUUCGGAAGCUAUUGCUAUGAUUGAGAAUAUAAUGGAACAUAUAUCUAUGGAACUGAAGAAAGAUCCCAUAGAAGUUAGAUUGAUAAAUAUGACUGAAGAGGAUAGAAAUGUGAUGGAAUCAAUGAUAGAUGAUUUAAAAAAGUCUUCUGAUUAUGAUUUGAGAAAGAAAGCUAUUGAAAUAUUUAAUAGUGAAAAUCGUUGGAAAAAGAAGGGAAUAGCUUUUGUACCAAUGAAGUUUCCUUUAGUACAAUUCGAUCAGUUCAGUGCUAUGGUUAGCAUUUAUGCACGCGACGGUACUGUUUCUAUAUCUCAUGGAGGAGUUGAAAUGGGACAGGGUAUUCACACAAAAAUCUCUCAAGUAGCAGCAUAUAUUCUCGAUAUAGAUUUGGAACUUGUUAAAGUGAGACCCACUGAUAAUUUCAUUGCUCCUAAUAACAUCUUCUCGGGUGCUAGUAUAACAACCGAAUCUUGUGCAUACGCAACCAUGAUGGCUUGCAAAGAACUUCUGACAAGAUUAGAGCCUAUUAAGCAGGAAUUAAAAAAUCCUACUUGGCAGGAAUUAGUUAUGGCAGCAUAUUUGAAGAACGUCGAUCUUAGUGCUCGUUACAUGUUUACGCAGAAAGAUAUUACUAAUUAUAGCUCUUAUGGUGUAUCCGUCGCAGAGGUUGAGAUUGACGUUCUUACAGGACAACAUAUUCUAAAAAGAGUUGAUUUGUUGGAAGAUGCAGGCGUCAGUUUUAAUCCUGAGCUUGAUUUAGGUCAAGUAGAAGGUGGUUUCAUCAUGGGAAUUGGAUAUUGGACUUCUGAAGAUUUGAUUUACGAUCCGAACACUGGCGCAUUAACGAAUUAUAGAACUUGGAAUUACAAGCCUCCCGGAGCUAAAGAUAUUCCGGUUGAUUUUAGAGUUUCAUUUAGAAGAAAUUCACCGAAUCGAUUCGGUGUAUUACGUUCUAAAGCAACUGGCGAACCUCCACUAUGUAUGGGUGUUGUAAUUUCUUUUGCUAUUAGACAUGCUUUAAAUUCAGCAAGAUCAGAUGCUGGAAAAUUUGACUGGUACCCACUAGGUGGUCCCGUUACUACGGAAAAAAUUCUCCUCACGAGUUUAACUAAUAAAGAUCAAAUGGUGCUGUAAAUUUAACUCACGUUAGUAAGUUGCAAGUUAUACAAGCUAUAAUUUUUAAAUUGAGAUUAUAAUGUUUCGAGAAUAGGUCGAAUGUAUUCAUCAAUAUUUGCAACUAAACGAAGAGAAUAAAUAUAUAACAUUGAUUUUUUACUUAAAAAUUUAAUGUUAACGCAUAUAAAAUAUUUAAUAAAUCAAGUCUUUUGUUUGGG